AUGGCGGACCCAGAAAAUGAAGUCUUGCGAAGCACCUUUCCAUCUUACAUGGCGGAGGGCGAGCGGCUGUAUCUAUGCGGGGAGUUCGCUAAAGCCGCCCAUAGCUUCAGCAAUGCUCUUCACCUUCAGAGCGGAGAUAAGAACUGCUUGGUUGCCCGCUCCAAGUGCUUCCUCAAGAUGGGAGAGCUGGAAAAAUCCCUGGAAGAUGCUGAGGCUUCACUCCAGGGUGACCCAACUUUCUGCAAGGGGAUUUUACAAAAGGCCGAGACCCUGUACACCAUGGGCGACUUUGAAUUUGCCUUGGUGUUCUACCAUCGGGGCUACAAGCUGAGGCCUGAUCGGGAAUUCAAAGUUGGAAUUCAGAAAGCCCAGGAAGCCAUCAACAACUCGGUGGGAAGUCCCUCUUCUAUUAAACUGGAGAACAAAGGGGACCUGUCCUUCUUAAGCAAGCAGGCCGAGAGUAAGCGAGCCCAGCAGAAGCCUCAUCCCGUGAGACAGCUCGUACACCACCCCAAGAGAGAGAGCAAGCGGAAGGGCUCGCUCAAGAGCGAGAAGAUUGUCCGCCAGCUCCUGGGCGAACUCUACGUGGACAAGGAGUAUCUGGAGAAGCUCCUGUUGGACGAAGAUCUGAUCAAAGGCACCAUCAAGCGUGGCCUGACCGUGGAGGACCUCAUCAUGACGGGCAUCAACUACCUGGACACGCGCAGUGACUUCUGGCGGCAGCAGAAGCCCAUCUACGCCAGGGAGCGGGACCGGAAAUUGAUGCAAGAGAAGUGGCUGCGGGACCGCAAACGCCGUCCCUCGCAGACAGCCCGCUACAUCCUCAAGAGUCUGGAGGACAUUGACAUGUUGCUGACUAGCGGCAGUGCUGAAGGCAGCCUUCAGAAAGCUGAGAAAGUGCUGAAGAAGGUGCUGGAAUGGAACAAAGAGGAGGUGCCCAACAAGGAUGAACUGGUGGGAAACCUGUACAGCUGCAUAGGGAAUGCCCAGAUCGAGCUGGGGCAGAUGGUGGCGGCCCUGCAGAGCCACAGGAAGGACCUGGAGAUCGCCAAGGAGUAUGAUCUUCCUGAUGCCAAGUCCAGAGCCUUGGACAACAUUGGCAGGGUUUUUGCCAGAGUCGGGAAAUUCCAACAAGCCAUUGACACGUGGGAGGAGAAGAUCCCUCUGGCCAAAACCACCCUGGAGAAGACCUGGCUGUUCCAUGAGAUUGGCCGCUGCUACCUGGAGCUAGGCCAGGCCUGGGAGGCCCAGAGCUACGGUGAGAAGUCCCAGCAGUGCGCCGAGGAAGAAGGGGACAUGGAAUGGCAGCUGAAUGCCAGCGUUCUGGUGGCGCAGGCCCAAGUGAGGCUGAGGGACUUCGAAUCAGCCGUGAACAACUUUGAGAAGGCCCUGGAGAGAGCAAAGCUGGUCCAUAACAACGAGGCGCAGCAGGCCAUCAUCAAUGCCUUGGAUGAUGCCAACAAGGGCAUCAUUGAAGAGCUGAAGAAAACCAACUACAGGGAUAUACUCAAAGAAAAGAAGGAGAAAGAAAAUGCCACUAUGUUGGAUGGUCAAACACGGAUGGCAAAGGAGAAGGAAGCGAGGAAAACAAAAGAUGAACCUGAGAAGGUGAUGAAGCAGUGGGAGCGGGAGCAAACAGAGAAACAGCCCCAAGGUGUCUUGUCUAAGGAAACUCUGGGGGUCACAGCUAGGCGACCAGAAGAGAGGCAGAGAGAAGACCCAGGAAAAGCCUCAUGGAGAAAAGAAUUGGGCACAAAGGUGAGACGUCCAGGAGACACUGCCAAAGGACAGUUUGGAGAAGCAGGCAGGACAGAAGAGAACAGAGAGGAAACCAGGGAAAUUUACAGGAGGCCUUCAGAACUGGAUCAAAACCUUUCAGAUGAAUCAAGCCCAAGGGAAUCGGAAGGACUAGAGAAGAGACUUUCAAAAACUGACGGAGGAGAGUCGGAAGCACUGGGGAAAACGGAAUCAGGAGAAAUAAAAGAAAUGGAAAUAACAGAAAAUUCCGAAAAAAUAGAAAAAGAUGAAAAGGAAGAUGAACCCAUUGAGUAG